CAGAUUGAGGUAAGCAGCCCACCACGUGUGCUCUGGUAUCGCAACAGAACCUCCGGCUGGGGAAGUAAGCAGUUCUCUGGUCAAUAAGUUUCUGUGUUUAAGGACGAGAUGUCUUUCCGAGGCGGCGGUGGAAGGGGAGGUGGCUUCAGUCGAGGUGGUGGUGGAGGCCGAGGUGGAUUUGGUGGCCGAGGUGGAUUUGGCGGCAGAGGAGGCGGCUAUGGAGGCCGGGGUGGUGGUGGGGGCUUCAGACAGGACUAUGGGCCUCCAGAGUACGUAGUGGGAUUAGGAGAGUUCAUGCACCCCUGUGAAGAUGACAUUGUAUGCAAGUGCACUGCAGAAGAGAACAAAGUUCCUUACUUCAAUGCUCCAGUUUAUUUGGAAAAUAAGGAACAGAUCGGAAAGGUGGACGAAAUAUUUGGACAGCUCAGGUGUUUUUACUUUUCAGUCAAACUCUCAGAAAAUAUGAAGGCGUCUUCAUUCAAGAAAUUACAGAAGUUCUAUAUAGACCCAGCGAAGUUGCUUCCCCUGCAGCGGUUCCUGCCUAGACCGCCGGGUGAGAAGGGUCCUCCAAGAGGCAGGGGGAGGGGUGGCAGAGGUGGCCGAGGAGACUGGGGUGGAGGCGGACGAGGGGGUCGUGGAGGUGGUUUCCGGGGUGGUCGAGGUGGUGGAGGAGGCUUUAGAGGAGGCUUUAGAGGAGGGAGAGGAGGAGGAGGAGGAGGAGGUGGCCGAGGUUUCAGAGGUGGAAGGUGAUGAAAAUGGGAAGUGAGACCUGCACUGUUAUGGUUCCAGUUUCUGCAUCAGCUGUUUGGCAUCAACGAGGCUGCAGCUCAUUUGUUGGUUUCUUGAUAUUUAAGAGAAAGUGUUUUACUAUUAGAGACGGUGACCAAAAACUAUUUUAAACUGCUUUUUUACUUUCACACUUUGUAUGAGCAGUCCAAUCAGGGAUGCCUGUGUUAUUAAGUGUUUUGGGAUAACUGUGACUUUUUUUACGAUUUUUUAAACAUAAUUUUUUUUUUUUUUUUAAUCUGGUUUUAUUUUUGGUUGUAGUCUCCUUUUUUUUUUUUUAAAUGUAUUUUUAAUUGAAACCGUUCUGCAUAUCGCAAUCUGUGAUGUUAGGAAGUACCAUUUCAGGUCCCAUUUUGGUCAAAUUUCUAAAGCAUUGUAUAUAACUUAGUUUUUUCAAGUUCCUUUCUGAAGUAAGUUUUACCUGGAAUUAUAUUGGCAAUAUUUACUAUUUGUACUGUACUGGGAUCUAAAACAAUAAACCCACCCAUUAAGA